GGUGCAGGCAGUCCCUUGUAGUUGGGCUUCUUCUGUCCGCUUCUUGAUUUCUCUCCCCGAAGUCCUUUCUAGCAACAAAAGCCCGAAAACAUGCCUGCCGCCAUACGGACCCUCGCGCCAUUCCUGCGCGCGUCGCGCCAGUCCCUCAGAUCCGGUAGCUCUGCCAGCUCGCUCUUCACAGCGGGCCGCCAGCAGGCUGUCGCUUCGGCGUUUGUCCGGUACGCCUCGUACGAGCGGACAAAGCCUCACGUCAACAUUGGUACCAUUGGCCACGUUGAUCACGGCAAGACCACACUCUCUGCCGCCAUCACCAAGAGGCAGGCCGAGAAGGGCCUGGCCAGCUUCCUCGACUAUGGCUCGAUCGACAAGGCUCCCGAGGAGCGCAAGCGCGGCAUCACCAUCUCGACGGCCCACAUCGAGUACUCGACCGAGAACCGCCACUACUCGCACGUCGACUGCCCUGGCCACGCCGAUUACAUCAAGAACAUGAUCACCGGUGCCGCCAACAUGGACGGCGCCAUCAUUGUCGUCGCCGCCUCGGACGGCCAGAUGCCGCAGACCCGCGAGCACCUGCUGCUCGCGCGGCAGGUCGGCGUGCAGAAGAUUGUCGUCUUUGUCAACAAGGUCGACGCCAUCGACGACCCGGAGAUGCUGGAGCUCGUCGAGAUGGAGAUGCGUGAGCUGCUGAGCACCUACGGCUUCGAGGGCGACGACACCCCCGUCAUCAUGGGCUCCGCGCUCAUGGCCAUGGAGGGCAAGCGGCCCGAGAUUGGCGAGACCAAGAUUGACGAGCUGCUCGCCGCCGUCGACUCGUGGAUCCCCACCCCCGAGCGCGACCUCGACAAGCCCUUCCUCAUGUCCGUCGAGGACGUCUUCUCCAUUGCCGGCCGUGGCACCGUCGCCUCCGGCCGCGUCGAGCGCGGCACGCUCAAGCGUGAUGCCGAGGUCGAGCUCGUCGGCAAGUCCGGCGAGAUCAUCAAGACCAAGGUCACCGACAUUGAGACGUUCAAGAAGUCUUGCGACGAGUCCCGCGCCGGCGACAACUCUGGCCUGCUCCUCCGUGGUGUCCGCCGUGAGGACAUCCGCCGCGGCAUGGUCGUCGUCAAGCCCGGCUCCGUCAAGGCCCACAAGAAGUUCAUGAUCUCCCUCUACGUCCUCACCAAGGAGGAAGGUGGCCGCCACACCGGCUUCCACGAGAACUACCGCCCGCAAAUGUUCAUCCGCACCGCCGACGAGUCGUGCGCGCUCACCUUCCCCGACGAUGUCGAGGACAAGUCCCGCAUCAUCAUGCCCGGUGACAACGUCGAGAUGGUAGCCGAGCUGCACAACCCUAUCGCCAUCGAGUCCGGCCAGCGUGUCAACAUCCGUGAAGGUGGCCGCACUGUUGCCACCGGCCUGAUCACCCAGAUCAUUGAAUAAAGCGAUCACUGGUGGUUUGUGUGUUAUGAAAGAGAUGGAGAUCCCGCGAGGAGCGCCUUUGGUACUGAUGCCGAUGCGGACUCCCGGAGAAUCCUGAUCAAUGUAUGAAAGAUCUGUUCGGACGAUGUAGAUGAAAGGAAAAAAGGGACUAGAUGAUCGCGGAGUUUGCUCGGUUGGUUUAGUCCUCUGUUCACUGUAUAUGGUAGCCAUCCCACACGAAUUGUACAACAUAUCUCCAAUCUCUCCACACCACAAAGGCGUUGAUGUUGGCGAAGUGCAGACAUUCUCAUGACUCCGUGCAUGCCACAUAUUCAAGGUCCUGGGCAGACUUCGCGUAAUCUUGCGGAUACAGCCUUAAGUUGAGUCCUCAUGCCCAAGAACAAACGACCACCUCAACUGCGGUACUAUGGGUAACAUGAAAUCAUGGGACUUU